AUGCGAAACAACACACUCACAAGAUUUCAACAAGCUUCACAUCCACUACCACCCCCAGCUGAAAAGAAGUCAAACCUUGAGGAAUUGAUGACCAAAUUCAUUCAAACUUCAAAAUCUCGGUUUCAAUCUAUGGAGACAGCACUAAGAAAUCAACAAGCCUCUAUCCAUAAUCUAGAAAUUCAGUUGGGUCAAAUUUCAAGACUUCUCUUAGAAAGACCCCAAGGAAGCUUGCCUUGCAAUACUGAGACUAAUCCUAGGGAGCAGGUUAAUGCAGUAACAUUAAGGAGUGGCAGAACAUUACAAGAGAAGGGGAAGCAAGAAACAGAAAAAGAUGCAGUUGAAGAGGAGGAUAAAUGUCAAGAGGAGACUGUGGAAAAACCCCCUGUAGUGAAAGAAUUCAUACCCCCACUUCCCUACCCAGCAAGAUUGAAGAAAGACAAGGAUGAUGAACAAUUUGGUAAAUUUCUGUCCUUAUUUCGUCAACUUCAUAUUAAUUUACCGUUUGUUGAUGUCUUGGCACAGAUGCCCAAGUACGCCAAAUUUCUGAAGGAUCUACUGUCCAACAAGAAGAAAUUGGAGGAGUUGGCCACAGUAACUCUGAAUGAAGAAUGCUCAGCAAUUCUGCAAAACAAGAUGCCCAAAAAAUUGAAGGAUCCAGGGAGUUUUACUCUUCCUUGUCUCAUUGGUAGAUUGAUAGUUAAUAGGGCUUUAGCUGAUUUAGGUGCUAGCAUUAAUUUGAUGCCAUAUUCUAUUUUUAAGAAAUUAGGUUUAAGGGAACCUAGGCCAACUAGGAUGAAUGAGGACGCUGAUGUCCCCUUGAUCUUAGGUUGUCCAUUUUUAGCUACUGCAGGGGCUAUAAUUGAUGUGAGGGAUGGAAAGUUAAUUUUGAGGGAAUUCUUGAUUUCAAACCCAUUGGAAAGAAGCUUAGUUCAUGAUAGAGGAAAAGAUUAUAUGAGUUUGGUAACUCAAGAACAGUGGUGUCAUUUAGAAGCCACUAAGCCAUUAUGGAGAAAGAGAGACUUCAAAGUUUUGGAGUGGAAAUCAGAGAAGCAACCCAACCCAUCCAUUAAUGAACCACCAGAUGAAAAAUUGAAGGUAAACCCAAAUCCCAUUGGUCUGGACCGUUUACUGUGCAUAAGGUAUUUCCUUGUGGUAUAA